GGCGGGCGUGAUUUAUGUGAGUCGUUGUCGGUUGUGGUGACAGUGAUUUUUCAAAAUUUCCGAGAUUGUUUUGAGUUUCGACGAGUCAAAAUGAACGAAUUACCGGUGGCGCUGAACUUUACCGACCGUCCUGAUAACAAUAAUAUCCAUCCACACAUUCUGACAUCGGAUUUGCUGAACGGCGAUCUGCACAAAAUCAAAUUGGAACCAGAUGUUGGAAACUAUCCGUUGCCGUCCCUUUCCACCAAAUUGUCUCUACACACACACGCUCUAUCUCCGUCUCCCAACUACAGCCUGAGCAACGGCCACGUCAGCGUCCUCAGCCAGCACAGCAACGCUUCCCACUCUUCCACCGAAGCAGCGGAAGAGGAAGUCCGAGCCGCCAGCACCAGCUCCGGCCACUCUCCCCAACCCCAGCCCUCGUCUUCGACCACAUCCACCACUUCGAGCAAUUCCCUAACCAAGCCUCCUUACUCCUAUGUGGCCCUGAUAGCCAUGGCCAUCAACUCGUCCCACAUGAAGCGCGCCACCCUAUCGGAAAUAUACUCGUACAUAACCUCCAAGUUCUCGUUCUACGAGAAGAACAAAAAAGGGUGGCAGAACUCGAUCAGGCACAACCUCAGUUUGAACGAGUGUUUCGUUAAAGUACCGAGAGAGGGUGGUGGUGAAAAGAAGGGGAAUUUCUGGACGUUGGACCCGCAGUUUCAGGAUAUGUUCGAGAACGGGAACUACCGGAGGCGCAGGAGGAUGAAGCGGCCGUACCGGGCGGGUCAGCCGUACCCCAAGGCGUUCUUUGGAGAGGCGUUGGGUCAUCAGAGCUUGGCGCCGCUCACGAGGAACAUCUUCACCACUCCGCCCACCUAUCCGCCGCCAUACUCGAGGUACGAUCCUACCUGGUUGGGGCAGAGUCAUCAGCUGGCGUCGUAUAGUACCUGUAAUACGACGGGAUAUCCGCAGCAAGGUUACCCCCCGCCAGCCACCUUCAGUCCGUGCAGCGUGCGGCAAGAGGCAGCCACCCGCUAUCCCUACUGGCCCCCCUCUGACAGUGAGUACACCCCCGUGUCCCAUAGUUCCCCCCCAACUGACUCUCAGCUCCUGUUCCAGUGGUGACAACCAUCAAGAGCGAGCCGCCCGCCUCCGCAGCAACCGUUCCGGACAAUUCCAUGUUCGUGGCUCCGUACUUCCCGUGAGCGGCGCUUCCUGGUGGUGACCACAAAAAGAAACUCGACGAUGGGGGAGAGGGGUCAGGGUCAAGGUGGCAACAACGAGGUUUGUUCGAUUGGUCGAGACGUUUUUUGAAGACGAGGAACUUGUAAUAUGAUUGAAUAUACCUGUAUAUGGUGUUGUUUUUUGAGAUAUCGAAUAAGAUUUUUGUCCUGUUAUUGAGGAUUUUGUCCCACUGUAUGAAAUACAGGGUGCCUCAAUUUUUACGGACUAAGGAAAAUAGUUUUUGUCCUACUAUUAGGGAUAUUGGCCCACUGUGUAAAAUAGAGGGUGCGUCAAAUUAUAUGAACUAGAUCAUUGAAUAAAGAGACUAACGAAAGAGAUAUAAUAAAAUUAGUGCCGUUCUAUUCUUUUAAAUAUUUUAAAAUAUAAAAUAAAAUAACGUGAGAAAUUUGUUGGUUUUGUUUUACGUUGUCUGAGCUAGCAAAAUGAGCUAAAUGCUUUACCUAGACCGUUAUUCAGAAGCUACAACUAACAAACGCUAGUUCUGUAAAAAGCUACAGCAAAAUAAAUAAAUUAAUCUAAAACUUUUUUCAUAUUAUUUAAAAACAGAAGCUUAGAUUUAACAAACAAGGAUAUACAGGGUGCAAGUGAAUAACUGCUAGAAGUAGCUUUUUCUCUAUAUCUAUAUCUCAAAAAAUAUCACCCGAUAAGGUACACAAUUUUUUGAAUACAUAUACAUAGUGUAUGUGAAAAUAAUUUUGAUUCAAGCUAUUUGGGGACCUAAUUUUUUUUAUCUUCGUAUUUAUUUUCAACUAUACCGUCCAAAUAUUUUACAUAAUAUAUUUCUUCACUACUUACCUGUUUUGUUUUAUAAUGGUUUUAAAUAACAAUUUUCAAUCGAUUUAAAAAAUAAUAUUUCGAAGAUACAGUACCAUAUAAUGGGAAAAAAAAGGGCAUCAGAGAUGGCUUGGAAAUGAAGAUGUUAUUUUAUAUGUAUUAUAUAGGAAAUGUCAUCAAUCGUCGUUUCUAAGCCAACU